UUUGUUAUGGGAAAGAUAAUCGAUGAUUAAUCGAAAAUAAAAGAAGAUAUUAAAUUAAAUGAGUCUAUAGGUCCGAAAUAACUUUUGUAUUAACAUGGCUGCAGAAAUUAAGCCGGCUCAACGCAGUUGUGAUGAUCGUUUCAGUUCGGAGAAGAAGUUGGAAUUGCUAAAUAAACUGGAGGGCAGUGGUGAUGAUAUUAAUUCUGCAAUAUUUAUUCCCGGUGAAAACGGAGUUAUAAGCGUAUCUGAUGACAAAACUAUACGUGUGUGGCUUAAACGGGACUCUGGGCAGUAUUGGCCUAGUAUAUGUGAAAGUAUGCCUUCAGGAGGUACGUCUAUAUAUUAUAAUGCGGCCGAAAGACAAUUGUAUAUUGGUCAGGAUAAUGGAACGGUAACCCAAUACUUAUUUUCUGAUGACUGCAAUCGUCUUUCUUUUGUCCGAGAUUACUUAGCUCAUCAGGGUCGUGUAAUGGAAGUUGUAGUAGCUCAUAUAUUGAAAUGGGUGUUGUCAUGUGGGAAGGACAAAUUAUUCGUCUUUUACUCUACUGAAAAUGGUCAGCGAUUGGGUAGUUACAGUUUUGAGACACCUUGUACUUCACUUCAAUUUGACACCAUGGCGAAAUAUGCAUUCGUUGGAGACAAUGCUGGUAUGAUCACAAUGUUACGAUGUGACGUACAAGGCGUUCAAUUCAUUAAUACCUUUAAAGGACAUACUACCAGUAUUCGAUGCUUGAAAUGGGUAGAAGAACAUCAGUUACUGUUUAGUGGAUCGUGUGACCAAAUGGUUUUUGUAUGGGAUGUUGGAGGAAAACGUGGUACAAUUUAUGAACUACAAGGACACAAUAAUAAAGUUUCAUCACUUGCAUAUGCCAAUCAUACCCAGCAACUAAUAAGCGGAAGUGAAGACUCUGUUAUUGUGUUUUGGGAAAUGAAUGCGAUGCGAAAGGAAGUACCAGGAUGGGUUGAAAACAAUAGUUGUCAACAAUGUCAACGUCCAUUUUUUUGGAAUUUCCGAGCAAUGAUGGACCAAAGACAAAUAGGCAUUCGACAGCACCAUUGUCGACACUGUGGAAAGGCAGUAUGUGACAGUUGCUCUGUAAACCGUAUUAAUAUUCCUAUAAUGGGAUUUGAAUUCGAUGUCCGUUGUUGUGAUCCUUGCUAUAAGCAAUUACAAAGUGUUGAACGUCCUUCAUUGGCUUCGUUUCAUGAUGCAAAACAUUCUAUCAUUAAUAUGGACUUGGAUGAGAAUCGAAAGUUGUUAUUGACCGUCGGACAGGAUCGUAUUAUUAAAAUCUGGGAUUUAUCUUCAAUUUGGGCAUAAUGAAAAUAGCCUAGCUUUAUCUGGAUUUAUGCUGAAAUCCCUUAUUAAGGAUUUCAUUUUGCUAUUACAAAUUAUAUUUAUUAAUGAUUUAUUUCUAUUUAUAUGAAGUUUUAUUCCUUUGGAAGCAUAAUAGCAUGUGUACAAAAAUCGUGUGUGGAUGAUAGAUGCCUGCUGAGUUCCAUUUCUAAAAUUUGUAUUGAAAUUAUUUGUAAUCCUUUGCGCAUAUUGGGAGACACCUAAGCAAAGUUCGCUAUAAAAACUGAAUAAUGCUGUUGUCGUCUUUAUUUGUAUCAUGUAAUGAAUAUUUAAUAAAUGCAUAUGCGGAUUAAUA